AUGACCACACCACACCCCAUCCCCCGCAAGCUCUGGGAGCACCCCGCCCCGGAAACAACCCUCAUGCACCGCUUCAUGCGCUCCCUCAACCGCCAACACAACCUCUCCCUGUCGUCCUUCUCCGACCUCCACCAGUUCUCCCUCUCCCAACGGUCCCUCUUCUGGUCUGCGGUUUUCGAGGCCUCAGACUACCUCUACUCGGGGUCGUACACCACCGUGGUGGACGAAACAGCCACAAUCGACCAAGUCCCCGUCUGGUUUGAAGGUGUCUGCCUCAAUUUCGCAGAGAACAUGCUCUUCUCCCGUGACCCCAGAAACGGGCAGCAAUCAACCAGACAUAAAGAAGACGACAAGGUCGCUGUUGUGGAGAUCAGGGAGGGGGGAUCAGAGACAAGGGAGGUGACGUACGGGGAAGUUAGGAAAGAAGCGGGGAGGUUGGCGGCCGCGAUGCUGAAACGGGGGGUGAAGAAGGGGGAUAGGGUCGUUAUUGUGGGGGCUAAUUCUAUCGAGACGCUGCUUGUUUAUCUGGCUACCACGUGGGUGGGCGCGGUGUUUAGUAGUAGUUCGACGGAUAUGGGGGUGAAGGGGAUCCUGCAGAGGGCGGAGCAGGUUGAUCCGGUUUGGGUGUUUAUGGAUGAUGCUGCUUUGUACAAUGGCAGGGUGGUGGACUUGCGGGGGAAGAUGGGGGAGGUUGUGGCUGGGUUGGGUAACUGCAAGAAUUUCAAGGGGGUGGUGGCGAUCAGGAGGUUUGAGGAGGCGAGGGAUGUGAGGAAGGUUCCGAGGGCGAUGACGCUGGAUGAGUUUGUUGGUGCGGCGGGGAGGAAUCCGACACCGCCGGGGUUUGUGAGGGUUGGGUUUUGUGAGCCGUUGUUGGUUUGCUAUAGCAGCGGGACGACGGGGACGCCAAAGGCGAUUGUGCACUCGGUUGGGGGGAUAUUGAUUAAUUAUUUCAAGGAGGGGAGGCUGCACGAGCAGAUUGGGCCGGACAGUGUUACGUUGCAGUAUACCACGACGGGGUGGAUCAUGUAUCUGGCGAAUGUUGGGUCGUUGUUGUUUGGGGGGAAGGCGAUAUUCUAUGAUGGGUCGCCUUUCCAGCCGGAUGCGAAGAUAUUGGUGGAACUGGCUGCGAAGCACAAGGCGACAAAGCUGGGCAUUUCCCCGAGGUGGAUGUUUGAGUUGGCCAAGGCCGGCAUCUCACCGAGGGAGAUGGCGGAUUUGAGUUCGUUGGAGACGGUGUCGUGCACCGGGAUGGUCUUGUCGGAUCAGCUGUUUGAGUGGUUCUAUGAUGUUGGCUUUCCCAAGCAUGUCCAGUUGGGGAAUAUCUCUGGCGGCACUGACAUUGCUGGGUGCUUUGGCAUCAUGAACCCACUGACGCCCGUCUACGUUGGAGGGACGCAGGGGCCAUCUCUGGGCGUACACGUUGCCAUUUACGACUCCCUUCUUCCAGACGGAGAGCCAGGAGUUGAAGUCCCCCACGGCACGCCUGGCGAGCUCGUCGCCGUCAAACCCUUCCCCAACAUUCCUUGCGCCUUCUGGGGCGACAAGCUCCCGGUUGCCAGCCCGGGGUCAAAGUACCACAGCUCCUACUUCAACCGCUUCCCCGGGGUUUGGGCCCAUGGUGAUUUCUGCGUCAUCCACCCCGUCACAGGAAACAUCUCCUUCCUCGGCAGAGCAGACGGUGUGCUCAACCCCUCCGGUGUCAGAUUCGGCUCAGCAGAAAUCUACGGCGUUGUCGAGAGGUGGUUUGCCGACAAGAUCCAGGACUCCCUCUGCGUGGGGCAGAGGAGGAAGCAAGAUGCCGAUGAGAGCGUCAUGCUUUUCCUGUUGAUGAAGCCGGGCCACAAGUUCACAAGGGAGUUGGUAAAUGAGUUGAGGAAGAAGAUUUCAGACGACCUGAGCAAGAGGCAUGUGCCCAAGUACAUCUUUGAGACGCCAGAAAUCCCGACCACCAUCAAUCUCAAAAAGGUCGAGCUUCCCGUCAAGCAGAUCGUCUCCGGCCAGACCAUCAAAGCAAGCGGGACCCUCGCCAACCCCCAGAGUCUGGACUUUUACUAUCAGUUCGCCAAGGUGGAGGAGCUGGUCGGGCCAAAGGAGAAGCUUUGA